GUGGGAGAAGAAGGAACACACAACCAAGUUAACACAAUAAACUGUAAAAAGACAUGGUUUUAGCCGACUUAGGAUCUCGACUUCGAGGUGCGCUUUCCAGCGUUGAGUCCGGGUCCGAGAAGGAGAUCCAGGCGCUCAUCAAGGAUCUUUGCACUGCACUUUUGGAGGCGGACGUGAACAUCAAAUUGGUGGCGAAACUCCGUGACAACAUCCGAACCAAGGUGGCUAAGGAGGUCCGUGAGGACGAAGGUGGUGCCAACAAGCGUAAGAAGCUCCAGAAGAUUGUGUAUGAUGAGCUCUGUGGGCUUGUGGACUCGAACGAACAACCACCACAGCCAAAGAAAUUGUCGCAACAACAACGUCAACGUCCACUGACCACGACCCGUGGUGGCAAGAAAGUCACCAAGGUGACUGGCGAGCUGUAUGUUAUCAUGUUUGUUGGGUUGCAGGGUGCCGGUAAAACCACCUCGUGUACGAAAUUAGCGCUCUAUUACAAGAAACGUGGCUACAAGGUUGGGUUGGUCUGUGCCGAUACUUUCAGAGCCGGGGCGUUUGACCAAUUGAAACAGAACGCCACCAAGGCCGCCAUCCCUUACUAUGGGUCCUACACGGUCCAUGACCCGGUCCAAGUGGCCAGUGAAGGUGUGGCCAAGUUCAAAGCCGAACGCUUUGACAUUAUCAUUGUCGACACCUCGGGUCGUCACAGACAGGAACAGGCGCUUUUCGAUGAAAUGAUUCAAAUCUCGAGUUCGGUCCGCCCGGCACAAACCAUUUUGGUUAUGGAUGGGCUGAUUGGUCAAGCGGCUGAAUCGCAAGCCAAGGCUUUCAAGGAGUCUGCCAACUUUGGUUCCAUUAUCCUUACCAAGAUGGACGGCCACGCCAAGGGUGGUGGUGCCAUUUCUGCCGUGGCCGCUACAAACACCCCUAUCAUUUUCAUGGGGACUGGUGAGCAUGUCGGAGACUUCGAACCGUUCAAGCCAACGACAUUUGUCUCCAAGUUGCUUGGUAUUGGUGACAUUCAGUCGCUCUUGGAGCACGUCCAGCUGCUCAACCUCCAAGAUGACGCAUCUCAUAAGCAAACCAUUGAGAAUUUCAAAGAGGGGAAGUUCACCUUGCGUGAUUUCCAAACACAAAUGAAUAACUUCUUGAAGAUGGGACCUCUCACAAACAUUGCCCUGAUGAUCCCGGGGAUGUCUGGGAUCAUGGAGCAAGUUGGGGAAGAGGAAACCUCACGUAAGAUCAAGAAUAUGAUUUAUAUCAUGGACUCGAUGACUACACGUGAGUUGGAUAGUGAUGGCCGCAUUUUCACCGAGCAACCAGAAAGAAUCAUCAGGGUGGCCCGUGGGUCCGGAUGUCUGGCGGUCGAAGUUGAAAUGGUAUUACAACAACAACGUAUGAUGAGCAGCAUGGCCAAGAACAUGGGUGGAGCCAUGCCCGGUGCUGGAGGGGCCAUGCCUGGAAUGGGCGGUAUGCCCGGCAUGGGAGGUCCUGGCGGUCCUGGUGGCAUGAGACCACCAGCCGGGUUCAUGCAACAGGCGAUGAAGAUGUUUGGCGGAGCUGGUGGUGGUGCUGGGGGCAUGCCGGACAUGGCAUCGAUGAUGAACAACCCUCAAAUGAUGCAACAGGCACAACAGAUGAUGAGACAAAACCCGGGCAUGAUGCAACAGGCACAACAGAUGAUGCAGAACCCGGGCAUGAUGCAACAGAUGAUGAAGCAGUUUGGCGGUGGUAUGGGUAUGUAAAAAAGAGAAAGAAGCUAAUAAUUUUAACCACAAUAAUACAUAGUACGAGACAAU